AUGUUGAAUCAAAUCACCAUCAAUGCACCUUUUGUGGAAGCUCUUGAAAAGAUGCCCGGUUAUGCUAAAUUCAUGAAGGACAUGGUCACUAAGAAGAAGAAUGUUAAUUUUGAGACCAUCAAGGUCACCCACCAAUGUAGUGUAAUCAUCUCACAAAUCGGGGUUAAGAAGAUGGAAAACCCCGGGGCUUUCACUAUUCCUUGUGCUAUUGGGUUGACAAGCUUCGCAAAAUCUUUGUGUGAUUUGGGGGCAAGAAUCAACUUGAUGCCUUAUACCAUUUUCAAGAAGUUGGGCUUGGGUGACCCAAUGCCGACAUCAAUGAAAUUAUUAAUGGCGGAUCUUGAUGUAGAAAUCCCGAUCAUUCUUGGUAGGCCUUUAUUAGCUACCGGGAGGGCCAUAUGUGAUGUUGAAGUCGGAGAGCUCAAAUUUCGGUUGAAUGAUGAAGAAGUGGUAUUCCAUAUCCAAAAAUCAAUGAAGCAUCCACAUGACUAUGGAGUGAUAUCCGUGAUUGAUGUGGUCGAUGAAGUGGUAGAUGAGGAUAUGCAAGAAAUUUGUAUGGAUGAAACUUUGUAG